CAAGACAUUCAAUAAUAGGUUUUCUCACUUUUGGGCCUUUCACUCAUAAGUCCAUAGCCGCCGCCUCUCUAUUCCCAUCUCCGGCGACGGAAGCAAUUCAGAAUGCCUGAAAACAAGCCUGUAAUUGGACUUUCAUGGGAACCAAAAUUACCUCAAUUAUCAUUUGGUACCAAAAAGAGCAGCUCCAAUAAGGAGGCAGAAACCAGUGCACUAUACAAACCUAGUUCUGAACUUAUUGACGGCUUAUUUGUUCCGCCUAAUGAUCCUAAAAAGGUGAACAAAUUUCUACGAAAACAAGUCAAGGAUACUGCUGGCAAAAACUGGUUUGAUAUGCCUGCACAAACAAUUACUCCGGAGCUGAAAAGAGAUCUCCAGCUGUUAAAGUUAAGGGGUGCCAUGGAUCCAAAAAGGCACUACAAGAAAAGUGAUUUGAAGUCAAAAGCACUACCUAAAUAUUUCCAGGUUGGCACAGUAAUAGAGCCAGCAUCUGAAUACUACUCAAGCAGACUGACUAAGAAGGAGAGAAAGACGACAAUUACUGAUGAGCUACUUUCCGACCGCAAACUUGGGUUGUAUAGAAAACGUAAGGUUCGCGAGAUUGAAGAACAUAAUCGGCCAGGUGGAGUGGACAAGUGGAAGAUUAGAGGUUCACAGUCAUGGAAGCGCGCAAAGCAAAGAAGGCAUUGAAGCUUACAUAGUGUUUAAAAAACUGUGAUUUCCAUUUUCCCCUGUUUGGCCAAUUGAGAAGGUUAGAUAUCUUUUAUGAGGUGUACCUCACGUUCAAGAAAAAUUAUCCAGAUGACAUAAUUUAGCAGGUUUGAUAGAACAUAUAAAAUCGCUGAUGCCAUAAUUGCAGCAGCAUGUAAUACAAGUUUUUAGCACUCCAAUUGAAAUUGUUAUCAAAUUGGAACUGUCUUGCUGAGGAUGUUCAUAGGGAGAAUACCUUUAAAAAAACCUAAACUUGGCACGGAUUAUUAGUUGUACGCCCCAAAUUAUUCGUAGUCUAAUUAUUCCGUUGUUAUUCCGCUAAA